AUGAGACUGCAGCAGUUGCAGCCCCUCAGGGGCAUGCAGGCGAAGCCAUUGAAGCGCCUGGCUAGGCCUUCGUGGAUUUGCCCUAGCUGUCGCCCCAAUGGCCCGUCGUCGCGCCGCUGGAACAGCUCCGCGCAAACCCAGGAGAAGCCCUUCUACGUCACCACGCCCAUAUUCUACGUCAAUGCAGCUCCUCACAUUGGCCACCUCUACUGCACCGUCCUCGCCGACGUGGUCAAGCGAUGGCAACAAAUUAACGGCAAGACGGCCUACCUCUGCACCGGCACCGACGAGCACGGCAUGAAGAUUCAGCGCGCCGCCGCGAAGGAAGGCAUGGACCCGAAAUCGUUCUGCGACCUCAAUUCGGACAAGUUCCGCAGCCUGACGUACGAUGCCGACAUCUCUAACGACUUCUUCAUCCGCACCACCGACCCGGACCACAAGGAUGCCGUCGCGCAGUUUUGGCUGCAGCUCAAACACGCGCUGCCGCGGCAACUCGGCCUCUACAAGGGUACCCACGAGGGCUGGUACUGCGUCAGCGACGAGUGCUUCUACCCAGAUGACCUGGUGCGGCCCGGCAUCGUGCCGCAGACGGGCAAGAAGAUCAUGAUCAGCGUCGAGUCGGAGAACGAGGUCGAAUGGGUCAAAGAGGAGACGUGGUUCUUCCCGCUGACCAAGUAUAAGGAUGCACUGCUGAAGUUCUAUGACGAGAAUCCAGACUGGGUCAAGCCGGCGAAUCGCAUGCAGGAGGUGCGCGACUGGGUCGAGAACCAUCUCGAGGACCUCUCCGUCACCAGGCCCGUGUCGCGACUCAAUUGGGGUGUUUCCGACCCUGAAGAUCCCUCGCAGACUAUAUACGUCUGGGUCGAUGCCCUCAUCAACUACAUCACAAAGGCUGGCUACGGGAGCAAAUGGCGCAGCGCGACCGAGGACAUGGGCAUCUGGCCCGCGGACCUGCAAAUCAUUGGCAAGGACAUUUUGCGCUUCCACGCCAUCUACUGGCCGGCGCUACUCCUUGCACUGGGUCUGCCGCCUGCGAAGGGCAUCUUGUGCCACAAUCACUGGACCAUGUCCAAUCGCAAAAUGUCCAAGUCGCUCGGCAACGUCGUCAACCCCGUCUUUGCCCUCCAGCGCUGGGACGUGGACCCCUUGCGGUACUUUCUCAUGCGCAACGGAAACCUGACCCGAGAUAUGAGCUAUUCUAAUGACAUUAUUGCCGCCAUCUACGGAAAGGAGCUGCAGGCUAACAUUGGCAAUCUCUUCUACCGCAUUGCGAAACCGAAAAGCGCUUCUGGUUGGUCGACGAAGCAGGCUGUCGAGGCGAGCAAUAGCGGUGCCUUCAAAAACUUAGACGAGGUCAAGACGAGGGAAGAAUAUGCGCAAUUCUUCUCGUUAGAGCCCUUCCUCGCGCGAGCUACAGACGCCGUGUCCAAGGAAAUGGAAGACUAUAAUACAAGCGGUGCCAUCCGCGAAGUGUUCGAACUGUUAAGAGAAACGAAUCGAUUCAUCACUGAUACCCAACCCUGGGUUCUCGCCAAACAGACAGGGCCCCUAUCGCCGCUGCUCCUGAACUGGACCAUCCACCGCAGCGCCGAGGCCCUGCGCAUCGCCGCCAUCCUCAUGCAGCCUGUCAUGCCUGGCAAGAUGAAGCGUCUGCUCGACGAGAUGGGCGUGAAGCCAGAGCGUCGCACCACGGCCCACGCCCAUCCCGGCGCGGACGACGCCUACGGCACCACCAACGUGACCAAGUCCAAUCACGACCGCGCCAACAAGCACCUGACGCUAUUCCCGCCCAUGGCCAGCGGUGAUGUCUCGGAUGCCGAGGUGCUGCAGCGGCUCAAGGCGCAUCUGGGGACGAGGGGAGCGGCCAAGUCCAAGAUGAAUCAGAUGGUGGAGCUGCUGGCCAUGGAGGCGAGAAUGGGCGAGGCGCAGGUGGCCAAACUGCUCGAAACUGAUCUUCCCGUGGAGCAGACACCGCAAGAUUUGAAAUGA